GAGCGCUCUGAGAAUGCCUGCCAAACACACCCUAGCCCAUUCCUAUUCUUCUGAUUAUUUCAGUCUGAUGAUCUGGAUCCGCGGUCACUACCUGCCCUAAGUAGAUGUAUUCCCUCACCACUUCCAAAGCCUCGCUACCUAUCGUAAACUGUUGUUCUCUUCCGAGACUGUGAAACCUUACUUUAGUUACGCCAAAGAUAGUGUAGGCGAAAGUCCGCGCGCUCAAGAGACAUUCAUUAAAUUACUUGACGUUCUCGUUCGGAUGCGUUGUUACUUCUUGUUUUCUCCCACCAGAAAUGGUGGCUUCGAGUGCCUUAAUUGACGCUACAUUAUUUAACUGUACCUUAAUUAACUUUACCCUAAUUAAAACGAGUAAUGUGUGCUCGAUUGGUUUAAUUAAAUGCAUAACAAUUAAGUGUGUCACUUCGCCCUAACGCCAAAACGUCGUUUGUUCUACUUCCACGUAAGCUCGAUGGUUCGACUCCCACCGAAGGUCUUACGUCAGAGUGCCUGAGUUAACUCUAUCUUCAUUAGCUUUACCUUUAUUUCUGUGGCAUGAUGAGCGGCAUCGGAGCCACCGGUGAAGGAAGACGACGACGAGCGCGAGAGCAGUGAAAAAAAAAAAAAAAGAUACUGUUCGCCUUACAAAAAAAAAAAAAAAAGAUACUGUUCGUUCUCGUCGACCCUCCCGAUCCCCAGAUUCCCCUUAUCUAUCUUCUUCCUUGACACAUCCGCGCGCCCUGUUUUCGAUACCGGGAAGCUCGAGGGCGAGGCCGGUAUCAGGCCCAUUGCGCGCGCAUAUGUUACCCCUCCCCUCCCCCCCCCUCCCUUUUACGCUAUUGACUCGCCUCGGCCUGCCGGUCGGUGCGCAUGCCUGCCUCGUUGCGCGACGGCUUCCUCCGCGUCCCGUGCGAUAACCGUGACGGCCUCUUCACGAGCCCGCUACGAACGUCACGAUAAGAAAGACGCUGCAUAUCGCGGCGCCCGGGCUCGCGCGCGAGGGGUGGAGGAGGUUUUCGGGCAUUGUCUAUGGACACGGGCGCACCAACCUAGUCGUCUUCCUGCCUUCUUUUUUUGUGAAAAAGGAAGGCAUUCAGUUCCCGAAAGGCCACCCGAGCGGGUGCACCUGAACACGCCCGCACGCCGUGCGAGCAAGCGCAACGAGAAUCUCAUUCCCUCCUUAGACGGCUCCGGGAAAAGUGGGUCUGUCGGCACAAUGAAACAGAGUUCGGGAUCUCUGACGUUGACUCCGGUGCACCUGAAUGGCUACGACGCGGCGGCCCACCAACAGCCUCCCACGGUGACGGCGAACAAGAGCCAAGAUGGCGACGACGACGAGUUCGCGCCUCACCCGCCCCCCAGGGAGCGUGCGGAGUCGGUGACGUCGCGAGGCAACUGGGGCAGCCGCUGGGAGUUCCUGCUCUCCUGUGUGGGCCUCUCCGUGGGCAUCGGCAACGUGUGGCGCUUCCCCUACCUCGCCUACCAGAAUGGAGGAGGCGCCUUCCUCAUCCCGUACCUCAUCAUGCUUGCGUUGGCCGGCAAGCCCAUGUAUUUCCUGGAACUCGCCUUCGGACAGUUCUCCGGUCGGAGUCCGCUCACAAUCUGGGCCUGCGCGCCCAUCUGCAAAGGUGUCGGCUUCGCCAUGGUGUGCGUCUCCAUGGUGGUGGCGGUGUACUACAACGUCAUCAUGGCCUACACCAUCUACUACACUGCCUCCACGUUCCAGUCGCAGGUGCCGUGGGCUCGCUGCGACCCGCGGUGGGCCAACGACACUCCCUGCUUCGUGAGGUCGCAGAACACUUCGGAUGUUAACCUGAACGUGACAAAGCCUUCCAGCCAGGUCUACUGGGAGCGUUACGUGCUGGAGAUCAGCGACGGCCUCGAAGACCUGGGCGGAAUCAAGUGGGACCUGGCGUUGUGCCUGCUGCUCAGCUGGAUCAUCGUGGUCGCCUGCCUCGUGAAGGGCAUCAAGACCUCGGGCAAGGUGGUCUACUUCGCGGCCACCUUUCCCUACGUGAUCCUCAUCACGCUCAUGAUAACCGGCCUCUGCCAACCGGGCGCCAUCAACGGCGUGCUCUACUUCAUCACUCCCUCCUUCGAACGGCUGCUGGACAUUAAGGUGUGGCAGGCCGCAGCGGGACAGAUGUUCUUCUCGCUCAGCCUGUCCAUGGGUGGUCUCAUCAUGUACAGCAGCUACAACAAGUUCUCAAACAACGUAUUCAGGGAUGCCAUGAUAGUCAGCGUGCUCGACACGUUCACCAGCAUCAUAUCGGGAAUGGUCAUUUUCUCCGUCCUUGGAGCGAUGGCCCACGACCUGGGAAACGUCGAUGUGAAGGAUGUCGCGCAGGGAGGUCCAGGCCUGGCGUUCGUUGCGUAUCCAGAGGCACUGACGCGGUUACCGGUUCCACAACUGUGGUCCGUUCUGUUCUUCCUCAUGCUAUUCAUACUCGGUCUCGACUCGGAGUUUGCCAUCCUGGAGACAUUCGUGACCAGCGUUUGCGACCAGGCGCCGUACCUGCGAAAGCGCAAGUGGGCAUUCACCAUCGUCAUGGGCAUCGUUUGCUUCCUACUUGGCCUCCCGAUGGUUACUAGGGGCGGCCAGUAUAUAUUCGAGAUCGUGGACAGGUUUGGAGGCAGCACGACGCUAACUUUCAUCGGUCUUGUUGAAGUCAUCUCACUCAUUUACAUAUAUGGAUAUUCCAGGUUCUCGGAUGACGUCUACUUUAUGCUGAACAGGCGUCUGGGAUGGUACUGGAAGGUGACGUGGACUGUCACUUCUCCACUUGUGCUCCUGGUCAUCUUCAUCUUCUCGAUGUUGGAUCAGAAUGAACCCGUAAAGUACGGCAACUACGAGUACCCGCCCUGGGCAAUCGGCAUCGGCUGGGCUAUCACGUUGUUCGUCAUGUUGCAAAUACCUUUCUGGGCCAUCGUCGCCGUCCACAGGGCGCCUGGGAACACGCUGAUGCAGAAAAUGCGCCACGCCUGCCGACCGUCCAAGCACUGGGGCCCGUCCGACGCGUCCCUCAAGGAGCAGUGGAAGGCGGCGACAGGACAGGCGCAGCCGGCCGUCAAGGUGGAGCUCAAGAAGUUCUCCCAGGCCGACGCCUGCUACACCGUAAACGGCGUCGAGAACAAGGCAUACGUCGUCACGGAACGGGACGCUCGCUGACCGCACGUUUAGGGGGCAGCCAGCGCAGCGCCUGCCGGGACGCCUGCGGCCUGACCGCCUUGCCUCUCCGGGUGAUACGCCGACGUCCAGAGUGUGUGCGUGUUUGCGGCGCGUGGAUAUGUGAGUGUGUGAGUGCGUACUUGCGUGUGUGCUGUGGGACUCGAAGGCGGCAGCAAUCAGUGGAAACUAGCUGUCCCACAACUGACCAUCUAUCUCGUCGUGUCAUCGAUGCCAUAAGUGCCUCGUGCCUGUACAGUUCUGUUCGCUUUCUGUACGUGAUUCGUGUGCCUGAGCUUUGUGUCGCUGCGUGGCUACGUGGUCACGUGGCUCUUUAACCGGUUAUGAACAAGGGCUGUGCAAGGAGUCUUCUGGCGGCCGUGUCUGCAGUUCAGCGUUCGCAGAUCAGCUGUGAGCCCCAAUUGAAUGUGCUGAAUUUACUAGUGGAAUUAUCGGACGAGAGAGAAAACCCGUGUGGCAGGCAACCUACGCAGGAGGGGCACUAACCGCAGGAACACGAAAAGAAACGCAGACAGAGCGCUUUCUCUAUCAUUGUUAUCGUUAGCGCCAUUUCCUCACUACUUGACCCCCGUGUAUUCGCUACUUCAACUCAAUUCUCCAAGAUCAAUGUAACGAGAACUGCCAGCAAGUAGCUGUGCGAAAGGCGGAGCAGUCUCGGCCGGCACAAUUGACACAUGGGGAAAUUAUUCGCAAGUUUGGUUAGGUCGGUUGUGCCGUAAAAAAUAUACGCAAGAAAUGGCGAUAAACACGAACUAAGCAACGACACGCGCUGGAAGCGUGUGAAUGCAACAAAAGGUUCGUUCCUUGUAAUCAAGCAAAGCACUAGACCGAGCACAUCUUCUUGGGAAAUGCGAAAGUUACAGAUACCACUGUGUGUGUGUAUUCUUCGGUUGUGGGCGUUCCGCACUUCAAUAUAUGUGCGUCGAAGUGCUUUGACAGAUGUGAAUGGUGAAUAUGCAAGAACGACUGGGUUCUAUUUCAUUUGUCAACUUUCUCCUUCUCUAGUUCAACCGUGUAGACUCCAGAAAUAAGCUGCUACUCCUGCGCUCGUACCUGGCCCCAGUGAAGUCGAAAACUCGAGGAGUUUCGAAAAAGUCUCUCUGAGAUUACGAUGUCGGCAAUGUGAUGUUUCAACGUGUGGCGCCUCCCUGGGGCUCAGAAAAGUCAUAUUUUUAUAUUUCGUAUCAAAACAAAACAUGGUACUUGCGUCAAAGCAACCAUUAUUUUGUGCGUUGCGAUGGGCAUCAGCUUGAAGUAGGACAGCGGUUUCAAUUAGACGCUAACGUCACUUUCAGGCCUAGUGUGCACUAAACAAAACAAUGCAACAUAUUCAACAUUCAAGGCACAUUUAUUUGCAAGUUUAAAUUACUUUUCACUGCAGAUUAAUUGCGCGGUAAAAGCCAGGCAAUUCUCGGUUGCGACUUACGCAAGUGACGAAGGAUUUGUUGUGGGCAGAAGGCUGUAGCCUACACUGCACACGUUGUUCCUCUGUAGCCUAUCUUCGCAGUAAGCGCUUUAUUGCAGCUAUAGUGAGAAAAAGGGGAUUGCUGAAUGUGUUCAGCAAUAUGUGUCGUUUCAGAUCAAGGCGAAGCAUGAGCUGAACCUGUCCUGGUGCACCUAUAGGAUGUCAUGUUUGCUGUUGUUCAGAUGAAAGAAGUACGUGAAGCCAAUACGUGAGCGCUGUCAACUGGCAUAUGCAAAUUGCGGCUCACGGGUGUCCGCACAGUUACAAUUGUCGCGCAGCUGAAUUCGCCAAAGCGUUUCCUUCGCUUGUCAAUGGCCGGCCUCCUUCACUAAUCAUAUGAGCAAUAUCACAAUUGUUCUCGCACCAGCUCUUGUGAUUAGCUCAGGCCUAAGGAAUAUCUUGAAAAUACGGCUGGCGGGCGAUCUCGUUACCGUUGCUCGCCAAGUGGCGCAAAGUUUUCAGUGCAUGGGUAUUCGUAGGAAACGUCGAACUUUCACCACGUUCCCAAGCGCGGAAAUUUCCGAAACUGCUUCCAUUACGAAGACGCAAAAAAAGGCGAGGCGUAGUUGUAUGUCACUUGUGCAACAAAUGUUGUUGGGUUUCAUAAGUGCUCUAAAAUAUUUGAGACUGCCAGAAUCUGCGUUUCUUGCCUGUGUGUAAGCAAUGAAGAUUCCGGAGCAAUGCCACACGGAAGCAGAACGACUUGAGCUGAUGGUUCCUGCUUCGUGUGUGAUAAUUGAGCUGGAUAUUAAUAAAAGAUGUCACCUAGAAAAUGAUGACGAAAUCGCGUUGCAGAUUUCUUUUGCACUUUCACAAAAGAAUUUCUAUUGCAAUAACGAAUGUGGAUUGCAGGGACAGCAUCAGGUUGCUCUGUCUGGAGUCGCUCACGCUUCGAGCGCUUAUAGUCAUGCGGGCUGAGCGCCUGCAUGUUUUGCUCUUCAUUGCUUUCACUGUCCACACUUUAAUGACUGCACGACUGCGGUCAACUUACGAUGGCUGCGUGAACUCUUUUUUCCUCAGUGUUUUCGCUCAUCAUGUGAUCAGUGUCUUAAGUUUUGCAUUGGAUCUCAAGUGCACGCAACCUUCACUGACUCCGUUUUAUAGCUCAGGGAUUUUUGUACUCCUUGAUUACGCCUAUCAGCGUUGACACUAUAGAGAGAUUAGCGAAGCUCGAGCAUCAUGGCUGGCAGCUUUUUUUUUUAGGUACUGGGGAUUUUCGCCACUUUUUUUAGUGCAAGAGCGUUGAGGGCUACAUCACCGGCGGAUUGCACAUUUGGCUGACUUUAAGUCAACGUAAAUACUCCAUUGCAAUUACUUUUGAAAAGUAUGAAUGGCUAGAGGUGUGCGAAUCUUCCAUGUUUCGUAAAGGAAUCGACUAAAGGAUCUAAAGAACAUCAAUUCGAUUGCGCGAAUUUUGUGUACAUAUUUGUUUUCAUAUAGAACAUGUCACGGGCCUGUACAAAUGUAAUUAUGAGUAAUUAUUGUAUCCCCCUUUUGAUACAAAAAUGUCCAUGCAGGUGAUGCAUCUGAUGCUUCAGGUGUUUGUUUUAUGGCAACCAAAAAAAAAAUGCCACGAGCUUUUAUUUUUCGCUCACAUGCGAGUUGCCUGCGAGUUGUUUUUUUCCUUUGCAAUUUAAUUAAUCAUAUCUUUUCUGCAUUAUUAUGCAAAGAAGUAUUCUAUAUACCAUUAGAUAUUUAAAUAAUUUUUUUUCAUUCUCGCAUACACGCAUUCGGUUCAAUGCGAAAUUUUUCUUCAUUCGAGCACCUCUAGUAUUAAUCUAGGGAGCGUCAAGUUAAGGCUGCAUGCAUUUGAGGUCGCGCAUUGGAUGAAUGGCAAGCUGAAAUUCACUGUUAGUGAUUAUGCAACGCAAUUAAUUCAUUUUUUCACUCCAUGGUUCAAAAUGUGAGCACAUUUCGGUUUUAAUUUGUGCAUGUGGUGUCGUGAAGUGUCUGAAAGCAUUGAUGAGAAAAGGCAGUACCUUUCGAUCAUAUUGAUGUAGGACUUCUUUUUGCAUAACUUGCACAUGAAGAGUUCAUGAAAACAUCACGAACAUAAAAAGUAAUUAUCGCGCAUGUGUAAUGUAAAAAGUAAGUCACCUUUGUGCACGUGAGCGUAACGCUGAAACAGGGUCAGGUCAGUACAAACACCAUGGUGCUGUUGUUGUAGAUACCAAUAAAAAAAGAGACACUGAAAACAAAUAAUACAUCAAAAAAGUCUGGUAAGAUAGUCUUUCGCUACUCUAUUACCAUUCUCUGGAGUUAAAACAUAUUAAACAGUACAGUAAAAACUCGAUCUUACGAAACCCGAUUUUACGAAUUUCCCGAUAUAAAGAAGAAAUUUCCGUUCCCCGGCAGGUACCUGUAGGGCUCAGUGUUGUCAUCGACCCGAAUAAACCAAACUAACUUGUCCGAACUCGAUGUAACGAAGUUUUUCUCGAAAUCAGUGAUUAAACUGAAAACGGUGAUUUCUUUCUUAUUUUGACGUGGACAGGUUUCUCUUCAAGCGCGCGCUCUAAAGCUAUCGCGUUAAAACAUCUGGGCACCAUGGUCACGGCGCUAGCUUUAUUCUGACGAGGCUCCACGUCGCACUCAUGUGCAAACAGUGGACUCCACACCGCCUCAGUAUGGGCGGAGGGGGUUGCUUUCGUUAUUUCAUGACUAAUGCGACAGAUGGUGAGGUUAGUGGCAAAUACGAUGCCGCGGUAGCUUUUGCGCGUUGCUACGUUGAAAUUUUACAUUUCGAAAGACCGAAAAACUUAUUUCUCAGUUUUACGAACUUCUCUGUUUAACGAAGUAAUUCGAGCGUGGCCAUCACUUCGUUAAGCCGAGUUUCAACUGUAUUUGAAUAAAGUAGGCCGAAGUUCGCUUUUUGAAUUUCCCGCCGUAGUCAUGACGCCGACGACGUCACUGGAGGAAUAGCGGGUUUUGACGUGUUAUGGGUAUAAUUCGGCCGUUUUCGCGCAGGAAACGAAAACCCAUAGCACUCCACGUUUAGAUUUUCCGUACAUUCCAAUACGAUGCAGCCUUCUCCCGAACAUUUCAACACAUCACCAGCGGCGAACAGACUGCACCAAAAUUUAUGACGUUAGGCGUUGCUGGUGCGGAAAUCGAACGCUAGCAUCACCUCUCGCCUUCCUUUUUGAAAUCCGUCCUGGUCCUUAUUGGAAUCCGUCCUGGAUUUAUUAAGCCUACUCUUAUGGUAACUCAUGCAAGUGGCAUCCCAGAAAAUAAAUCUAUCAAUUGAACUUAAUUUAUUAUUUCAUAUUGGUGUCUCUUUUGUACACAAUUUAACAGCUCUCGUAAAGUUUGCUUUGAAACAUAGCGACGUAAGUUAAAAUUUUUAAUAUUGCUGUCUGUGUUAGAUAUGAGAACUUGAAUGCAACACGCUGAUGUUUAGAUAAGUGUGAUUUCGUGAGCAAUCGGUGAAUACAGCUUGUGAGAGUUUGCUAAACAAAAGCCACAAUGGUCGCAGUCCAAGCUUCAUUCGAAUCCAGGUAUGUUUGCUCAGCGCUCUUAGUGUUCUUAAUGUUCUGAGUGUGCAAUCAUCGUCGGUUGAUAACCCCUUGACUUGUGUAUCUUUUCUCGCGCUUGCACUACAUAAUCGAGAUGGCGAAGUCCUCAGUGCAGAAUGUAUAAUUGACGUAAUAGUGCUGCUUAAUGUUUAAGAGUGAAGCUUGGACUGCCGCCGUUCCCUUAAGAGACCACGUGACUCAAGUUCACCUGUGAUAUCUUGUACAGAAGUAUCGGCAGACAGGCGCAUACGUUAAACUGUGCGGAAAUGUCCUAUCUUGCAGUGACACAGACAUUUACUGAUAUUUUUUAAUGCUUAAAUCCUAGAAACUUGCGGUACACAGAGGAAUAGUUGAAUCCAAACGAUGUUACUUGAAGCCGACUUUUGUUUAUGUGCGCGAUCACAUAGAUUCGUCACUAUGCACCGAACACCGUAUUGGCAGUGAAUCAACUUGUGACGUAUGCAGUGGUUGCACAUGUUGCUUAUGCGGAGAUUAACAUCAAUGUUUACGGGUGGCGUUUUAUUGUGUGCCCCCAGUUUGCACGCUUGCGUCUUUGCAAGGAAGAAAUAAAGAAAAAAGGUAUGUCGAAACUAAGCUGA